UGUGUCUUAUAGCUCUCGUGUGACAUCUGCGCAUGCGCAGUAUACUGACCGCGCAGUUCCUUUUGCUCCAGACGUUUGAAAGCUGGCAAGGCGAGCACGUCUUAACGUUUUGUGGUGCCUCUCCAUCUCAUCCUGACUGAAAUUUACUACAACGUAACUGGUUUUCUCGACCUCAAUUACGAGCAUGGAGCUGAAUGAUGCUAACCUACAAACCCUGACCGAGUUCCUCAGGAAAACACUGGACCCAGACCCCACAGUGAGACGUCCAGCUGAAAAGUUUCUUGAGUCUGUGGAAGGAAACCAGAACUACCCGUUAUUACUUCUUACUCUGCUGGAGAAGUCCCAAGACAACGUGAUUCGCGUCUGUGCUGCUGUAACAUUCAAGAAUUACAUUAAAAGAAACUGGCGCAUUAUUGAAGAUGAACCAAACAGAGUCUCUGAUGCUGACCGAACAGCGAUCAAAGCCAACAUUGUAAAUUUGAUGCUAAGCAGUCCAGAACAGAUUCAAAAACAGUUGAGUGAUGCUAUCAGUAUCAUAGGAAGGGAAGAUUUCCCUCAAAAGUGGCCUGACCUGCUAACCGAGAUGGUGACCCGCUUCAGAAGUGGAGACUUCCACAUCAUCAAUGGAGUCCUUCGUACUGCACAUUCGCUCUUCAAGAGGUAUCGCCACGAGUUCAAGUCAAAUGAACUUUGGACAGAGAUCAAACUAGUGCUGGACACAUUUGCCCUGCCUCUGACAGAACUAUUCAAGGCCACGAUUGAGUUGUGUCAGACUCAUGCUACAGAUGUCAAUGCCUUGAAGGUCCUCUUCUCUUCCCUCACACUCAUCUCCAAGCUGUUCUACAGUCUUAACUUUCAGGACCUUCCAGAGUUCUUCGAAGACAACAUGGAAACCUGGAUGACUAAUUUCCACGGCCUUUUAACUUUGGAUAAUAAACUUUUACAAACAGAUGAUGAGGAGGAAGCAGGUCUCCUGGAGCUGCUGAAGUCUCAGAUAUGCGACAACGCUGCUCUUUAUGCUCAGAAGUACGAUGAAGAAUUCCAGCCAUAUUUGCCACGCUUCGUUACUGCUAUCUGGAACCUCUUAGUUUCUACCGGCCAGGAAGUCAAGUAUGACUUGCUGGUCAGCAAUGCUAUUCAGUUCUUGGCAUCAGUCUGUGAGAGACCACACUAUAAACAUCUAUUUGAGGACCAGAAUACGCUCACUAGCAUUUGUGAGAAGGUCAUUGUGCCCAACAUGGAAUUCAGAAGUGCGGAUGAGGAGGCCUUUGAAGAUAACUCUGAGGAAUACAUCCGGAGGGAUCUUGAAGGAUCUGACAUUGACACUCGUCGCAGGGCGGCGUGCGACUUGGUGAGAGGUCUUUGUAAGUUUUUCGAAGGCCCCGUCACAGCAAUCUUCUCCGGCUAUGUGAACUCAAUGCUGACAGAGUACGCCAAGAAUCCUGCGGAGAACUGGAAACACAAAGAUGCUGCCAUCUAUUUGGUCACAUCGUUGGCAUCUAAAGCGCAGACACAGAAGCAUGGAAUAACACAAGCCAAUGAGUUGGUGAACCUAAAUGAAUUCUUCGUGAACCACAUUCUCUCAGAUUUAAAAUCCCCCAAUGUUAAUGAGUUCCCAGUGCUGAAGGCAGAUGCCAUCAAGUAUGUCAUGAUCUUCAGAAGCCAGCUUCCUAAGGAGCAUCUGCUGCAGGCAGUUCCUCUACUGAUAAAUCACCUGCAGGCAGAGAGCACAGUGGAGCACACUUAUGCUGCCCAUGCUUUGGAGAGGCUGUUCACCAUGAGAGGCCAAAACAACACCACCCUUAUCAGCGCUGCAGAGAUGGCACCUUUUACUGAACAGCUGCUCACCAACUUGUUCAAGGCACUGGCUCUUCCUGGUUCAGCAGAGAAUGAAUACAUCAUGAAAGCCAUCAUGCGCAGCUUCUCCCUGCUGCAGGAGGCCAUUGUUCCCUACAUUCCCACUCUGAUUGGUCAGCUCACUCAUAAGCUCCUCUUAGUCAGCAAGAAUCCCAGCAAGCCUCACUUUAACCACUACUUGUUUGAGUCGCUGUGCCUCUCUGUCCGGAUCACCUGCAAGGCCAACCCCACCACUGUCAGCAGCUUUGAGGAAGCGCUGUUCCCCGUCUUCACUGAGAUCCUUCAGAACGAUGUCCAGGAGUUCCUACCAUAUGUGUUCCAGGUGAUGUCUCUCCUCCUAGAGAUCCACUCCAGCUCUAUUCCCUCUUCCUACAUGGCUUUAUUCCCUCACCUGCUCCAGCCGGCACUAUGGGAACGCACAGGAAACAUCCCCCCUCUAGUGCGUCUGCUUCAGGCUUACUUGGAGAAGGGAAGUGCCACUAUUGCAGGCUCUGCUGCAGAUAAGAUACCUGGCUUGCUUGGAGUUUUCCAAAAGCUUAUCGCCUCCAAGGCCAAUGACCACCAAGGUUUUUACCUCCUCAACAGCAUCAUAGAGCACAUGCCCCCAGAAUCUAUCACCCAGUACAGGAAACAGAUCUUCAUUUUGCUCUUCCAGAGGCUACAAAGCUCCAAAACCACCAAGUUCAUCAAGAGUUUCUUGGUGUUUGUGAACUUGUAUUGUGUCAAAUAUGGAGCUAUUGCACUUCAGGAGAUUUUCGACAGCAUCCAGCCAAAAAUGUUUGGUAUGGUGUUGGAGAAAAUAAUUAUUCCAGAGGUUCAGAAGGUGUCUGGAACAGUUGAAAAGAAGAUCUGCGCUGUUGGCAUUACAAAAAUACUCACUGAAUGUCCGGCAAUGAUGGACACAGAGUACACUAAACUCUGGACCCCUCUGCUCCAGGCACUCAUUGGUCUAUUUGAGUUGCCAGAAGAUGACAGCAUCCCAGAUGAUGAACACUUUAUCGACAUUGAAGACACACCUGGCUAUCAGACAGCUUUCUCGCAACUGGCCUUUGCUGGGAAGAAGGAGCACGACCCAAUUGGCGACGCUGUCGGCAAUCCAAAGAUCCUGCUGGCCCAGUCACUCCACAAGCUUUCUACUGCCUGUCCAGGAAGGGUUCCUUCAAUGCUGAGCACCAGUCUGAAUGCGGAGGCCCUACAGUUCCUGCAGGGUUACCUACAAGCAGCCACUGUGCAGUUGGUUUGAAACUGAUGUGAUACUGUUGACUUAAUACAGAGACCACAGUAUACUGCAGGAGUAGCCACAGUGACCUCAUGUCACACGACAGACCUGCUUCAGCUGAACUUUAGACUUUACACCUUUGGUUUAACUUGAUGGUUCUUGACGGAUUUAUCAGACGAAUUAUAAUCUUGCCUGGAUUUAGGGUGUGUUCCCUGGUGGACGUUUUUUUACAAGUGUUUUUAAAGACAUGACCAAAAGUUGACUUCACGAAAAAAAGACUGAAGGCCUUUGCUGUGUGUCAAAGGAUGUGGACAUUGAAUUCUGAAACAAUUAUCAGUUAAUUUCAGUAACAGCAGCAUCGGCAGAGGUGAAUUUCAGCAGUAUUGUGGAAUGCUAAACAUCUGAAUCAUAUGGAGGAGAUUUCUUUAGCGCUUAUUUUGUAUGUUUGAAUCUCUUUGGAGACUUUAAUCUGUGGCUGAUACGAUGCUUCAUAAUAUUCUGUUGCAUGUUCCCUGUAGAUUUGUUCAGGUCUUGUCUUUUCUUUCUGCACUGUUUGUUAUUGUGAAUAAAAAGAGGCACUUGUAUA